AUGGACUCGAGUACCGUCGUAAUUAUUGUAGACGGAGAUGGAGUUAGCAAAUCGCAUAAGAAGAAAUCUGAUGGAUUUCCUUGUCAACCCUUCGUUUCGAUUUUUAGUGCAAAACUAAGUAAUAAUGUGCAUGACAUGAGGAAAGUGAUUCAUAGCAUCAAAGUUGGUGUUGCUCUCGUUUUGGUUUCACUUCUCUACCUGGUAGAUCCUUUUUAUAAGCGAGUUGGAGAGAAUGCCAUGUGGGCUAUUAUGACUGUUGUGCUGAUCUUUGAGUUCUUUACAGGAGGCAUGUUGAGCAAGGGCUUAAAUCGAGGAAUCGGGACCGUACUCGGAGGUGGAUUGGGGUGUUUAGGUGCAGCUUUUGCCCAAGCCGUGGGUGGGGUUAGCAAAGGUAUUGUUGUAGGCAUCUUCGUCUUUGUUUUCAGUGCGGGCACAACGUACACUCGUCAGAUGCCGAACAUUAAGAAGUACGAUUACGGAGCUAUGAUAUUCAUUGUGACUUUCAACAUGAUCGUGGUGUCGGGUUUACAUACCGAUCAAGUCAUGGAACUAGCCCGAAAUCGUCUCUCGACCGUUGUCAUCGGCUUUGCUAUUUGCAUUUUUGUAAGUUUGCUGGUGUUUCCCAUUUGGGCUAGUGAUGAACUUCAUAACACUUUAGCCUCCCGAUUUGAACUCCUUGCUCUCUCUUUGGAAGGAUUCUCCAAGGAAUACUUCGAAAAUGCCAACCAGAAGGAAAAGAAAACUAGUUCUAGUUUUAGUAGUAACUGCAAAUCAAUCCUUCAUUCCAAGACAAAGGAUGAAUCAUUGGUAAAUUUUGCAAGAUGGGAACCAUGGCAUAGGAAAUAUGGGUUUUCUUACCCUUGGGGAAAAUACCUAAAACUAGGAGAGGAUCUAAGAGAAUUGGCUAUAAUCAUCAUUUCACUUAAAACUUGCCUUAGGUCAUCCACACAGUCAUUUGGAGCAUCACGAGAGUCGAUUAAAGAAUCAUGUGAAAAAGUCGUAGCAUCAUUUGCGUGGACAUUAAGAGAACUCGGAGAAAGCAUUAAAAAGAUGAGGAAGUGUCAAUUCGAAGAAUUGAUUGUGCCCAAACUGAAAUCAAUAAGGGUGGAACUAAGUUUCAUUGUGAACCCUUUCGCAGUCGAAAUCAGUUUGGAGAAAUGCGACGGGCUCGGAUUAGCAAGCUUCUUAUAUUCAUUGAUGGAGAUCGUAGAAAAGAUGGAAGAAUUGGCAAAAGAAGUGGAAGAACUUGGAGGUUUUCAUGAAAAUAGAUGA